UAAUCAUGAAAAAAAUCAAAUUCUCAAAAUUUUGUAUUAUGCUUCUUUUACUUCUUUAUAUUAAAAGUUCAAAUGCUCAGAUGUUUGUCGGGAAUAACGGAAUGAUGAUAUCAAAGAUGAAUUUUCUAGGCUUAUUAACAAUACCGAAGGAGUAUGAAGUAUCUUUUGAAAUUUAUUUAUCUUCAACAUCAGGCUUAUAUACAAACGCAAUUCACAUUACUAAUGGAGAUAAUUGUUGCAAAUACGGAUCUAGAAUUUCGACUGUAUUUUUUACUUAUAACUUAGCUGCGGAAUUCAAUGCUCCAGUAAACAACGACGGUAAUUAUCAUUUUUACACAAAACCGUUUACUCUUCAGAAAUGGACAAGAGUUAAAAUUAAACAAUAUUUAAGUGCUGGCAACUACUUUUAUACUGUCGAAAUUGAUGGAGAGGCAGUACAUUUGGUAAAAAAUACAAAUCCUCAGGUUUUUCAAAAUGUCAAACUGUAUGUCAGCAAUUUAUGGCAUGAAGCUCAACCGGGGUACAUCAGAAAUUUGAUUGUACAAAAAUUUAUAGAAGACCUUAACGAGAAUAUCUUGGUAAAAAAUAAUCUAAUUGCAAGAAUGCCAUUGCUUGAAAAGUCAUACUCUGUUAGUUUUAAGAUUAAACCAAAAUCGUACAAAGCGAUGGUUUUUUCAUCGGUUAUUCAUCUGACUAUUGGAGGAAAUGUUGGAAAUGAUGGAGAUAGAACUCCAGGAAUAUGGUUUUCAAAUGAUGCUUCAGGAUCUUUAUUAAUUGCAUCUUCAGUUAACGGAGUUGUUAGUCAUUCAUAUCCCACCAAGCCCUUACAGCUACAUGAAUGGUCAAGUAUUAGAGUAUCCCAGUUUCAAUUUAAUGAUGUUUAUAUGUAUGCAUUGUAUUUUAAUGGAGGUAUUAUUUAUAAAAUUCAAAAUAGUCAACCAAAAACGUUUUCAAAUGUCUAUGUGUAUGCAGCAGAUCCAUGGAGCGAUACUGCAGAUGCUUCUAUUAAAGAUUUUAGAAUAAUAAACGGAAAUGAAGAGACGUGUGGUUUAUCAACUAUACUUUCUGGUAGGAAUCAAAAUGAAGAAGUUUACAUUCAAAUAAACUUGACAACAAACUGCGUAUGCUAUCUCCAGAAUGUAACAUUUUAUUUAAGAGCAGAUACACUUUUGGUAUUUAAAGGCUUCUUGUGGGACGAUUUAAAUUUGAAUGAGUCGUUUGUGAAGAUAGAUGAAAAAAUUAUUCAAGUUGAGGUUGGAACACUUUUUAAAGAUUCAUAUACAUCAUUUUCAGCUGUUUUUGUUUAUGGAAAAAUUCCAAUUGGUGGGGUUAAUGUAUCAGUGGAAGCUUGUGCUAUAUGGAGUUAUUGCUAUGGAGAUCCAAGUACAGAAGUAAUUUGAUGAAAAUUAUGAUAGUGACUCACAAGAUUUUAAUGAACAUCAAGAAUUAAAAAAGUCUUGUCUGCUGACACCUGUCUCUGUAUUAAACAAAAGUAAAACGAGAUUAGAAAAAGUGAUCAUAAUUACCUCUGUGAUUAAGGUGAAGGGAGUAGCAGCAAAAAAAGAAGUAG